AACGCGCAUGGCAACACAACCACGCACACAAAGCUAGCUAGACGGAACUCCCUGAACACACAGGUAACUACAGACGAUGAAGUACCCAAGGCUGCUUCUCUCCGUCCGUCUUCUCCUGCUCUGCCUCCCGGCCGUCUCCGUGCUAGCCGCAGCCGCCGUCCCGCCGGCGCACCGCCCAGGUUGCAAACCGAGUUGCGGCGGCGUCGACGUCCCGUACCCGUUCGGCAUCGGCGAUCAGUGCGCCAUCCACAGAGGCUUCACCAUCAGCUGCAAUUUGGUCAAUGGCACCGAGAGGCCUUUGUCGGGGCCGUUCGAGGUGACCAAGAUCUCCAUCGACGACGCCAAAGCUUGGAUGAAGAUGGACAUCUCUUGGCAAUGCUAUGACGAUCGAGUGCGCAAGAUGAAUGAAGAAAGAUGGAGAGUAAAUUUCACAUACACACCAUUUGCGUUCUCAUCCGUGGAUAACAAAAUUUUGGUCAUCGGCUGCAAAACACUCGCCUAUAUGGUGAGUGAAUCUUAUGCCGUAGGUUGCUUGUCUCAAUGCUCUGGUGAACAGAGAAACGGUUCGUGCUCCGUUGGCGCUGGCUGCUGUCAAGCGGAUGUUCCAAAGGACCUGAAGUAUUUUGAACCUUACUUCAAUCCAAACUACAACUAUACAACUGCCUGCGGCUACAUUGUUGUGAUGGAAGAGAAGGCAUUCAACUACAGCACCACAUACGCCUACUCAAGCAAUUUCUUUGAUGAAUACAAGGGUCAAGUUCCUGUUGUGAUGGACUGGACCAUUACAGGGGAGUCGUGCGAGGUUGCUAAAACGAACCACAGUUCAUAUGCGUGUAUUGCCGACAAGAGCGAGUGUGUCGACACCACCAACCGAGGCUACCGCUGCAAGUGCCUGGACGGGUAUCGAGGCAAUCCGUACGUCGAGGAUGGAUGCACAGAUAUCGAUGAAUGCCUUGAGAAUACUAUGAAUCCAUGCACGCGCAGUGGGGGGACUUGUCUAAAUACACAGGGGAACUUUACCUGCUUAUGUCCCUCAGGAAAACAAAUGAUUAGUGACAUGUGUAUGGCAAAUCAGAAGUCCUCUUUUUGGGUGAUGCCAGUCGUAGGCGCAAGUGUUGGACUAGUGGUCCUUAUAGUUACCAUAACCUGUGCAUACUUGACCCAACAAAGAAGAAAGCUACAGCACAUCAAACAGAGAUACUUCCAACAACACGGGGGUAUGCUGCUGUUUGAGGAGAUAAAAUCACAACAAGGCAUUGCAUUUAAAAUAUUCUCAGAAGCAGAAUUGCAAGAAGCCACUGACAAGUUCAACGAAAAACGAGUGUUGGGCCAUGGUGGACAUGGAACUGUGUACAAGGGUCUUCUCAAAGGCAACCUCGAAGUAGCUGUAAAAAGAUGCAUGUCCAUUGAUGAGCAGCACAAGAAAGAAUUCGGCAAGGAAAUGCUGAUCCUCUCUCAGGUCAACCACAAGAACAUCGUUAAACUAUUUGGCUGCUGCCUCGAAGUGGAGGUCCCCAUGCUAGUAUAUGAGUUCAUCCCAAAUGGUACAUUGUUCCAGCUUAUCCAUGGCAACCAUGGCAAGCAGAUUUCCUUGGCUACUCGUGUGCAGAUUGCCCAUCAGUCUGCUGAAGCUCUUUCCUACCUGCACUCAUGGGCAUCCCCGCCUAUCAUCCAUGGAGAUGUCAAAUCAUCAAACAUCCUCAUUGAUUGUGACUACACCGCGAAAGUAUCUGACUUUGGCGCUUCCAUCCUAGCACCAACUGAUGAAUCGCAGUUCGUCACCCUUGUUCAAGGAACUUGUGGAUACCUAGACCCAGAGUACAUGCAGACAUGUCAAUUGACGGACAAGAGCGACGUGUACAGUUUCGGGGUUGUUCUUUUGGAGCUACUUACACGCAGAAAGCCAUUCAAGCUUGGAGGGCCUGAAGAUGAGAAGAGCCUAGCACUAAGAUUUAUUUCUGUGACGAAGGAGGACAAGCUUAAGGAGAUACUGGACGAUCAGAUCAAGAAUGACGAGAACAUGGAGGUUCUCGAAGAGGUUGCAGAGUUAGCAAAGCAAUGCUUGGAGAUGUCUGGUGCGAAUAGGCCAUCCAUGAAGGAAGUCUCCGAGAGGCUUGAUAGGUUGAGAAAGGUGAUGCAGCAUCCUUGGGCGCAGCAGAACCCUGAGGAGAUGGAGUCCCUGCUUGGAGAGUCAUCAAUGGCAAGCUCAGAGGUUGUCUACACUGGAAAUUUAAGCAUCGAGAAGAAAGCUGCCAGGAGUCUAGAAUCGGGACGUUGAUCACAAAUUCACCAUCCAAUAAUCUAAUAGCGUAUGAUAUAUUUAAUAUCACAUUGGGAAUAUCUAUCAAAUAAGUGUUUAGAUGAUCUUUUCAUAGUAAUAAUUUUUCAUCUAUGUUAGUGGUUUGUAUAUAAACAGCAUGUCGUAUUCUUGACACAAUGCUGAUGCACACCGUGUUGCUAGCUAUGGUGCUAAAUACAAAGAGAUCAAGCAGUCUCACCUUAUUUUUAAA